AUGUUCCCGGAGGUUCGCCGUGAAGAUGCAGCUGUUUUGAACCCUAGCGACAACCUUCAAUCCGCCGAGGAGAUGGAAGAGGAAGAGAAAAUUGCUCAGUCGGCCAAGUUACAGGAACUAAUACGGAGAGGGAAUCCGGAUGACCUACGAGAGGCAAAUAGACUAAUGAAAAUAAUGGCUGGAUAUGAUACACGACAUCGGACAGACUACAGGGCAAAGGCCGCAGAGGAGGUUUCAAGGGUACAGGAGAAGGCUAAAUUGCUCGAGGAGAUGCUGGAAAACUGCAAACCCGGAGAUAAGCUGACUGAGGGAGAUGUUUACGAGGAAUUAGCCAGCGCUCUCCAGAACGCGCAUCCCAAAAUACAAAAGAUGUGUGAGGACGAGUCCGAUGACAAUGAAGCUGUAUCCAAGCUUCUAGAAAUUAACGAUAGCAUACAUCGAACUGUGCAGAGAUACAAGCUGAUCAAGGCUGGAGACGUAGCGGGUGCAUCUAAUAUUCCCAAGGGAACUCUGGGGACGAGUACUGGGGUGACCAAGAAUGCCGCUAAUGAGCUCUCCUUGAUCGACUUUGGGGGUGAAGAAGAGCAGCCGUCUACUUCUAACGGCGGGACGAGUGCCAAACCCUCUACAUCUACUCUUGAGGGCGAUCUCCUGGGCCUGUCAUUCCAGGAUGAACCUCAAGGGGGCGUUGCGCUCCCUCUAGGGCCAAACGAUGGCCCGUCUUCUGUCCCAUAUUCAAAAUCCCCAUCAUUACCUUCGGCCUCUACACCUUCAGCCCUAGCUCCUCAGGCCGACCCAUUCGCAUCGAUAGGGUCUGGGGGCUCCAGAACAUCAUCACCGUUCAACAAACUCCAAAGUUCAGCUGCAUCCACUACUUCCUCCUCACUUUUGGACCUUGGCCAGCUAGCGUCAGGACCAUCAGCUACUGCAAACACACUACCCCGACAGCCGCAGAAGCCAACCUUGGCGAAAAAAGGUGGAAACAAUCAAGUGUCCGAGACAGAUGACGAGUGGACGUUUUCUUCUGCUCUUCCAGAAGAAACACUUCCUUCUCAGAACACGGUAGAAAUUCUUAAUACUUCUAUCGGGAUAAAGAUCCAGGUAAAACGUCUUCCUGGCGAAAAUAGGAUACAUGGCCUCGUCUCGUUCUCGAACAACACGCCUCAACCUAUAUCCGAGCUCCAUUUCCAAAUUGCUAUUGAGAAGGCUUAUUCUCUACAACUUCGACCCCAAUCUGGCCGAGAUAUUGCACCGUAUCAGAAGAUCGGGGUCCAACAGCAACUGCAAAUGGACGGAAUAGAACCCGGCAAGGGCAACACGGUCAGGCUUCGUUAUAAGGUAUCUUACAAGAUUGGACAGGAACUAAAUGAGAGUGACGGACUUGUGCCAUCGUUAGGCAUAUCCUAG